AUGAUGCGGCACGCGGGCGGUGAUUGGCCUGCCCCUGAACGGUCAAGAAAGGGAAGGCGCUCGCUGCAAGAUGAAAGGAGCGUCUGGAGCAUCUCUGCCGUCCUCUCUCUGGGUGGCAUGGCAUGGCAUGGCAUGGCAUGGCCGCCCGCAAAGUCCGCAGACGCUGCGAUGGCUGCAUCUGCGCACCACACCACGAGCUCACGGGAGACGCUGUGCAAUGUGCAGGCCGUUCUGAAACCCGAGCGGCAGCCUAUCACGGCGAGCGUCCCACCUCCAAAGCCUCAGCAGCUAGCGCAAGCUGCAGGCAUAUCAAGUGUUGCGCGAUCGUUCGUGGAUCGGCAGGGGAGUUGGACCCAGCACAGCACCAGCACCAGCACAGCACGCCCAGCGCCGACUCUCCAGGCGUGCAAGGUCGCCCUGCUGGCCAUGGUUGAACGAUUCAUGCCCCGGCGGAACAGAGAUUGCGCUCUGCGAAAUGCGCCUGCAUAG